AUGACAUGGCAGGCAGCCCUGCCAACAGCCAUGAAACUCUUAGCUUGGAACUGUACAGGGCUUGGGAACCCUCGUACAGUUCGAGAGCUUCACCUUCUGGUGAAAGAAAAAGUCCCACAGGUUGUGUUUAUUUCUGAGACUAAGUGCAAUCGAGAGAGAGUAGAGAAGAUCAGAAACAAAUUGGGGUUAGCUCAUAGUUUUGUAGUGGAAAGUAGAGGGAAGAGUGAGGGUCUGGCAAUGAUGUGGAGUGAGAAUACUUAUGCCUCUUUGUUUUCAUGUUUGAGGCAUCAUAUUUCUUUAGAGCUAUCCACUGAGGAGGGAGCAAGUAAGUGUCAUGUUACUGGUUUUUAUGGGGAUUUUGUAGUGGAAAAGAGGAGAGCUUGUUGGGAUUUGCUUAGAGUGCUGAGACCAGAUAGUAACUGUCCUUGGCUGUGCAUGGGUGAUUUUAAUGAGCUGUUGUCAAAUGAGGAAAAGUAUGGGCAGCUGAUAGACCUUUUCUCCAAAUGGAAAGGUUCCGAGAGGCUUUGGAUGAAUGAGGAACAGCUAGUUCACAAAAAAGUUUGUAGAUAUGAAGCUUGCUGGUCUAAGAAACAGGAAUGCAAGGACAUUAUUAAGAGGACCUGGUAUUCCUUAAGGGGUAGAAACAGUAGCUUGGAGAAUGUCCAACAUGCACUUGAAAGUUCUAUGGUUCAACUGCAAGCAUGGGCAAAAAGGACUAGAGGUAAUCAAAGGAUUAGAAUUAAAGAGAAGACAGAUUUGAUCCAGCAUAUGCAAAAACAGAAUACAGCAGAAGUUGGAAAAGCCUUUCAGUCUUAUUAUGAAAACCUGUUUUCAUCUUCUAAUCCUACUGGGUGUGAGGAAGCCUUGCAGGUAGUGAAUAAGUUGAUAACUCAUGAUAUGAAUCAGCAGUUGAUGAAGAGAUGUUCAGUAGAGGAAGUGAGGGCUGCAAUUUUUGACAUGAAUCCAUUUGGGUCUCCUGGCCCGGAUGGUUUUUCUGCAGGAUUCUAUCAGGAUAAUUGGCAGAUUGUUGGUGAGGAAGUGUCAGCUAUAGUGCAGGAAAUUCUGGAAAAUAGGAGAGGGGUAGCUGAGAUUAAUGAGACUUAUAUUGCAUUGAUUCCGAAGAAGAAACUUCCAAUUCUAGUCUUGGAAUACAGACAUAUUAGUUUAUGUAAUGUCAUUUAUAAGAUGGUUUCAAAGGUCCUUGCCAAUAGAUUGAAACUUUUUUUACCUUCCAUUAUUUCCCCUUCUCAAAGUGCUUUUGUUCCUGGGAGAUUGAUUUCUGAUAACAUUAUAGUGGCUUAUGAAACAAUGCAUUCCAUGAAACAUAGAAUGAGAGGCAAGAAGGAAGGGUAUAUGGUUUUGAACUUGGACAUCAGUAAGGCAUAUGAUAGAAUUGAAUGGUCUUUUUUAGAAGCUGUCUUGAUCAAGAUGGAUUUUAGCAAGGAGUGGACUGAGCUGGUUAUGACAUAUGUGAGUACAGUUAAUUACUCCAUCUUGAUUAAUGGUAGUCCACAACAAAAGUUUUGCCCAAAGAGAGGUUUGAGACAAGGGGACCCACUGUCCCCUUAUCUCUUCAUCUUAUGCUCGGAGGUAUUUGGUCUAUUGUUGGAUCAAGCUGAACAAAAGGGCCACAUAACAGUUUGCUUUUCUGCAAGGCUAAUGCUUUGGAGUGGAGUAGGCUCUUUGACAUCCUUAAAACGUAUAAAAAUGCUUCUGGUCAGAGGCUUAAUAUGGAAAAAAACAGCAGUUUAUUUUAGCUGUAACACAAGAGUUGAGGCUAAGGAAGUUAUUCUAGCAACAGCAGGUUUGGAGGAGGCCAAAUCCUAUGAGAAGUACUUAGGGUUGCCAGCUUAUGUGGAGAAACAGAAGUUAAAUGCCUUCAAACCUGUCUUGGACAGCAUAAGGGCACGAAUGCAAAGUUGGUCUGUUAAGUUCUUAUCUCAGGCAGGAAAUGAGUGGGGAAUAAAAGGAGAAAGAUCAAAGGUUAGAUGGCUCUCUUGGAAGACUCUUGGAUCAUCCAAGGAAGUGGGAGGUCUUGGUUAUAGAGAUUUUGAGAACUUUAAUGUUGCUUUCUCAGCCAAGCAAGGUUGGAGACUUCUUAAACAACCUAAUUCAUUAGCAGCAAGAAUUUUCAAAGCAAAGUACUUUCAUAAAUCAGAUUUCAUGCAGGCUAAAUUGGGAAGUAAUCCUUCUUUUCUAUGGAGGAGUUUCAUUGCAGGAAGGGAGGUCUUAAGUGAAGGGAUGUUUUGGUGUAUUGCUAAUGGUCAUUAUGUUAGCAUAUGGAAGGACAAAUGGAUUCCCAGGCCUACCUCUUUUAAAGUUCAAUCUCUUGUAAGAGUGUUGGAUGAGAAUUCGAAAGUAUGCAGUCUGAUUGAUCAGCAGAGAGGUGAGUGGAAAGAAGGCUUGAUUCAUGAAACUUUCAAUCCUGAGGAGUUAGAGAUGAUUAGCAGAAUUUCAAUCAGUAUUACAAAUGCUAAUGAAAAUCUGAUAUGGAGGGGUACUAAGGAUGGUUCUUUCUCAGUAAAGAGUGCCUAUCACUUGUUAGGUGCGAUGGUGUCUUACAAUCAGGGGCAGUCUUCUUCUGCAGUUCCACAAAAUAAGAACUGGCCUAUGAUUUGGAGUUUGGGUGUUCCUAAUGCAAACAAAAUGCUGAUCUGGAGGAAGCUGCAAAAAGGUGUGGUUAGAUAUUAUGAUUUUAAGGAGCUUUGGAGCCAUAUGAUUUCUGCACUGGAUAGCAUGGAGCAAGCUGAAUUUGCAGCCAUAAUAUACCAAAUUUGGAAGAGAAGGAACAACUUCAUUUUUGAAAACAAAUUCUGGGAGCCAGGGAAGGUAGUCGAGGCUGCAACUCAGGUUGUUUCUAAUUAUAGUGAGGCUAAUGAAAAAGUUGCUGUAGUUCAGGAUCGACCAACUCUCAGUGUUCCUAGUUGGAGUGCACCACCAGUAAAUGUUUUUAAAGCCAAUUGGGAUGCUGCAAUUGAUAAAGUUAAGUGCAAAAUUGGUGUUGGUGUUGUGAUCAGAAAUUGGGAGGGCAGUGUGGUGACGUCCUUAAGAUCACCAAAAGACUUCUUUCCUGAUCCUCAUUUAGCAGAAUCUUAUGGUGUUCUGAAAGCUAUUCUCCUUUGCAAACAGUUGGAACUAAAUCAAGUGAUCUUUGAGGGAGAUGCAAAACAAGUUGUCUCAACUCUCAACAAUCUAAACCAGAUUGAGUCUUCAGCUAGGAUGAUUUUGUCUGAUGCUAAAGUUUUGUUAGGUUCUUUUGAAAAGUGGUCUGCAGUUCAUGUUUCUAGAGUCUGUAAUACUGUGGCUCAUGAUUUAGCCAAGGGUGCUAUUAAACUCUCUGAGGAGAGCAUAACAUUGGGGGAAAUUCCCUUGUGUAUUCAUCCAUAUGAUUUAUCAAGUUGA